AUGGUUCACUUCUCUACUAUUGCCCUGGCAUUGGCCAGUGUUCUUCCUCAGCUGACCCAAGCAACUGGAUUGAAUACCGCUGCUGUUGCAAAGGGAAAGCUAUACUUCGGAUCAGCCACCGAUAACCCUGAGUUGACUGAUGCUCCGUACCUUGCCCAAUUGAGCAAUACCGAUGACUUUGGUCAAAUUACACCCGGCAAUGCGCAGAAGUGGGAUUCGACUGAGCCUUCUCAAAACACCUUCUCCUAUACCAAAGGAGAUGUCGUUGCCAACCUUGCUGCUGCUAAUGGUCAAAAGCUGCGGUGCCAUACUCUAGUUUGGCAUAGCCAAUUGCCCAACUGGGUCUCAAGCGGCACCUGGACCAACGAGACUCUGAUUGCUGCCAUGAAGAACCAUAUCACCAACGUGGUGACUCACUACAAAGGCAAAUGUUAUGCUUGGGAUGUUGCCAACGAAGCUCUUAACGAGGACGGCACCUAUCGUAACAGUAUCUUCUACCAAACCAUCGGCGAGGCAUACCUCCCCAUCGCGUUUGCAGCUGCUGCUGCCGCAGACCCAGAUGUCAAGCUCUACUACAACGAUUACAACAUCGAGUCUGCCGGCUCCAAGGCAACAGGAGCCCAAAGAAUCAUCAAGCUCGUGCAGCAGUAUGGAGCCAAGAUUGACGGUGUCGGCCUCCAGGCACACUUUAUUGUCGGAAGCACCCCUAGCCAGAGCGCGCAGACCAGCAACUUGGCUGCAUUCGCAGCCCUGGGAGUCGAAAUUGCCUACACUGAACUUGACAUCCGCAUGACUCUGCCAUCAACUGAUGCCUUGCUUGCUAAGCAGUCAAGCGAUUACCAAAAUACCGUUGCGGCGUGCAUGGCAAACACUAAGUGUGUUGGUAUUACUAUCUGGGACUACACUGACAAGUACUCUUGGGUGCCUAGCACCUUUUCUGGUCAGGGUGCUGCCCUUCCAUGGGAUGCGAACCUGGCGAAGAAGCCGGCCUAUGCGGGUAUCUUGACUGCCCUGGGUGUUACAUCUGGCACUACUACUACUACAUUGGUUACUACCACAACUACUGCCAGCUCUGGUGGUGCUACUGGCGCCCCUCUCUAUGGACAGUGUGGUGGCUUGAACUGGACUGGAAGCACAACCUGCGCAAGUGGAACCUGUACAUAUGCUAGCGAAUGGUACUCACAGUGCCUGUAG